GCAUGGAGCUCGGAUCCCCUGACCUGCUAGACGUGUUGCUGGAGCCCCCAGAAGAUAUCUUCUCAACAGGAUCCUUACUGGAACUGGGAUUCAACUGUUCCCCUCCAGAGGUUCCAGUGACUAGGCUACAAGAACAGGCGCUACAAGGCUGGGAUUCUAGUGGGGGCCAUGGCUGUGGACUUCAAGAGAGUGAAUCUGAAGAUUUCCUGAAGCUUUUCAUUGAUCCCAAUGAGGUGUACUGUUCAGAAGCAUCUCCUGGCAGUGACAGUGGCAACUCUGAGGAUCCUGGCCUCUCAGACAGUCCCCCUGCCGUGCAGGCACCCAGCUCUCCUGCCCUCUAUGAGGUUGUCUAUGAGGCAGAAGCCCUGCAGAGGAUGCAGGGGGAAGCCAGGCCAACCUUAGGACUCAUCUCCAUUCAGCUAGAUCAGUGGAGCCCACAAUUCAUGGUGCCAGAUGCCUGCAUGGUCAGUGAACUGCCCUUUGAUAAUCAUGCACACAUCCUGCCCCGAAGCACUGCAGCCCCAGUGCCUCCUGCCACACUUCUGCCCUGUCAAACUCUGUUCCUGACAGAUGAGGAGAAGCGUCUGCUGGGGCAGGAAGGGGUUUCUCUGCCCUCUCACCUGCCCCUCACCAAGGCAGAGGAGAGAAUCCUCAAGAAGGUCAGAAGGAAAAUCCGUAACAAGCAGUCAGCUCAGGACAGUCGGCGGCGGAAGAAAGAAUACAUCGAUGGGCUGGAGAACAGGGUGGCAGCCUGUUCUGCACAGAACCAGGAGCUACAGAAGAAAGUCCAGGAGCUGGAGAGACAUAACCUCUCCUUGGUGGCUCAGCUCCGUCAGCUCCAGACGCUCAUUGCUCAAACCUCAAACAAAGCUGCCCAGACAAGCACUUGCGUUCUGAUCCUUCUUUUUUCUUUGGUUCUCAUCAUCCUGCCCAGCUUCAGUCCCUUUCAGGGUCUACCAGAAGCGGGGCCUGAGGACUACCAGCCUCAUGGAGUGGUUUCCAGAAAUAUCUUGACCCAUGUGGAUAUGACAGAAAGUCGAGAGACUCCAGUGGAAGAGUCCAAAAUGGGAGAGUCACUUAGAGCCCAGAUUGCAAACACGUCUACCAGAACACUGAUAGAGAAGAGGGGCGUGGAGACUGGGUCCGGUGGGCAUAUCAGAACCGUGCUGCAUGCAGAUGAGAUGUGA